AUGGCGACUGGAAUUCUAAAAGUCAAAGGUACCGACGUUGUCGACCAAGAUGGCAAACGAGUCAUCCUUCGAGGGGCAGGCUUGGGUGGAUGGAUGAACAUGGAGAACUUCAUCACAGGUUUCCCAGGCCACGAGUGCAAUAUGAGAGAGGCCAUGCUCGAAGUACUUGGUCAGGAAAAGUACGAUUAUUUCUUUGACCGUUUGCUUCAUUGGUUCUUCACCGAGGCCGAUGCCAAGUUCUACAAGUCACUCGGACUCAACUGUAUCCGCAUACCGUUCAACUAUCGCCAUUUUGAGGAUGAUAUGAGUCCGAGAGUUCUCAAGGAAAGCGGAUUCAAGCAUCUGGACCGUGUGGUCGACCUCUGCGCCAAAGAAGGCAUCUAUAGCAUCCUCGACAUGCACACGCUACCUGGAGGCCAGAGCCCAGGCUGGCACGCUGACAACAGGACCAAUCAUCCAAUCUUCUGGGAGCACAAAGACUUUCAAGACCGCACCGUGUGGCUCUGGGAGGAGCUGGCCAAACACUACAAGGGCAACCCAUGGGUCGCGGGCUACAACCCUAUCAAUGAACCGGCCGACCCACAGCAGGUUCGUUUGCCGGCAUUCUACGCUCGUCUUGACAAGGCCAUCAGAGCCAUAGAUCCUGACCAUAUCCUUUGGCUUGAUGGGAACACGUUUGCCGCUGAAUGGAAAGGCUUCAAUGAGAACACCAUCCUGCCAAACAGUGUCUAUUCCCUUCACGACUAUUCCUUCAUGGGCUUCCCAACUGGUGAUCGAUACAAAGGUACCGAUGAGCAGAAGGAGAGGCUACGCAAACAGUUUUCUCGGAAGUCAGAGUUCCAACGCAAGCACGGUCUGGCCAUAUGGAAUGGAGAAUUUGGACCACUUUACGCUAUCAAAGGAUGGGACCAAGAUGCAGAGGACAUUAACCAGGACAGAUACAAUCUGCUUGGUGAGCAACUGAAGAUCUACGACGAGCAUCAAAUUCCUUGGCAUAUCUGGCUCUAUAAGGAUGUCGGGCUGCAAGGCAUGGUACACACCUCGCCCGAUUCGGCUUACAACAAGCUGAUUCAACCAAUCCUCGAGAAGAAAAAACAAUACCAGCUCGACUCAUGGGGGAAGUACCCAUCCAAAGAGGUGGCAGAAGUCGUUGAUCCAGUCAUCAGCUUCAUUGACCGUGUCUCUCCCCGCGCUACAACCAUUUAUCCUUCCACAUGGGAUACGCGCAAACACGUGGAAAGGGUUCUGCUGCAGAUGUAUUUAGCCGAGUCCUUCACGCCGGACUACGCCGAGCUAUUCCGAGGCAAGUCAAAGGAGGAUUUGGAGGAACUCGCCAAGAGCUUCUCCCUUGAUCAGUGUGUCAAGCGGGACGGCCUGAACAAGAUUAUGUCUGAUCAUGCCGCAGUCGUUGCGAGCUCCUAG